AAUUACAGACAGUGUUGUUACUACUACUACUACUACUACUACUACUACUACUACUACUACUACUACUACUACUACUACUACUACUACUACUACUACUACUACUACUACUACUACUACUACUACUACUACUACUACUACUACUACUACUACUACUACUACUACUACUACUACUACUACUACUACUACUACUACUACUACUACUACUACUACUACUACUACUACUACUACUACUACUACUACUACUACUACUACUACUACCACUACUACUACUACUACUACUACUACUACUACUACUACUACUACUACUACUGCUACUACUACUACUACUACUACUACUACUACUACUACUACUUUGACGUUUAACAAGAAUAAUGAAUGUAUUUAUCACAAUUUAAAAUAA